AUGACAGCAUCGAAGGAAGUCGAGGCAGCAACGUCCCAUCCCGGCCACAUUGAAGAUGGCCCUCACAAGCACGCCGAAGUACUCGGAGCUUCUCAUGAAACCGUGGUCAUCGACGAGGACCUCUCUCGAAGAAUAGUGAGGAAAUUUGACUAUCGGAUCUUGAUCUUGUUCCUCAUCAUCAACCUGUUCUCAUUCAUUGACCGGGUGAACAUCGGCAAUGCAAGGCUGCUGGGUUUAGAGAAAGAUCUACAGCUGGGUGUUGGCCUUCGAUACAAUAUUGCAUUGAUGUGUCUAUUCGUCUCAUACUGUGUGGUGGAAUUGCCCUCCAAUAUCGCGUGCAAAUACUUCGGUGGCAAUAUCUGGAUCCCUUCCCUGGUGUUCUCUUUUGGGCUCAUCACGACGUUGACAAGCCUCGUUGAAACUCGCGAAAGCUUAUAUGCGGUCCGAUUCCUUCUCGGCUGUGUGGAAGGCGGUAUCAGUCCUGGGCUUGUGUGGAUGCUCUCACAAUUGUUAGUAUUCUCGGACUUCGUAAAAGUAUGGACCACUGAUUACAGCAGUUAUCGUCGACAAGAGCUUGGCUUUCGCACCAGUAUCUAUAUUUCAGCAGCCUCUGCCAGUGGCGCAUUUGGAGGUCUUCUAGCCAUCGGGCUUAGCAAAAUCCCACAAUGGGGUCUCAUCCAUACGUGGAGGAAUAUCUACUUUUUCGAGGGCAUAAUCUCACUCAUAAUCGCAGUAGCUGCGUACUUCAUGAUCCCUGCUGGACCCGAAACAGCCAAGUUCCUCACCGAAGAAGAGAAAAUCACCGCUGUAAACAGACUGCUUGCUGAUUCCGUGGGCACCACCGAGGGUGGGCGCACACGCCUCAAGCACGUCUGGCAGGCUUUGAGCAGUGUGCAUGUCCUCGGCUGCGCAUUUGGUUUUUUUCUCUCAAACACUGUCGCCCAAUCGUUCGGAGUCUUUGCCCCAUCAAUCAUCCGAGGCAUGGGCUAUUCGAACACGGACGCCCAGCUCCUCUCCGUGGGACCUUACGCUGUUGCCUGCUUCUUCUCGAUUGGAGUUGGAUAUCUAUCAGACCGCUACAAGAAGAGAGCUUUAGUCAUCGUCUGUACCGCACCAUUUUCCAUUGCCGGAUUCUUCAUGCUCGAAUUCCUCCCGAACGACAGACCCGCCGCGAAAUACGGCGCACUAUAUCUCGCUGCAACUGGCCUAUAUGCUUUUGUUCCAAUCUGGCUGACCUGGGCCGUCAACAACUGCGCAACAGCAACUGUACGAGCGGCCUGCUCGGGCAUCGUCUUCACGCUGGGUAGUGUCGGAGGCGUCUUGGCGCCGUGGAUGUUCCUCCCCAAGGACGCACCGGCCUAUCGCAAAGGACAUGCGAUCCUGGUUUCGUUCCUCUGUGGAAGCUGGGCGUGCGCGAUUGUCUUGUGGAUGUACUGCAAGUGGGAGAAUCGCCAGCGAGACAUGGGCAAGCGAGAUCAUCGCCUCCAAGGCCUCACCAGGGAGCAGGAGUUGGAGCUCAGCUCCAAUCAUCCGGCCUUCAGGUACUUGGUCUGA